CGACUGUUCAGUCCUUUGUUCCGCCCAAACUUAUCUUUAUCGAAUCAAGAGACCCUCAUGAGUCAUGGGCUCACCUACUUCCACUUGCUUUCUCUACUAAUUUUGGGAUUUUCUAAUAAGUGUUAGUAUAUUAUAUAUAUAUAUAUAGAUAGAUUUUUGCCUAUUAUAUAUAUUUAGUAGACAGAAUUGAUAAUUUCAAAAUAAUGGAGAGUUAGCUACCAAAAUAGAUUUUUUUUUUGUUCGAAGCUACCAAAAUAGAUAAGAGCACAAAAAUACCUCUGAAGAGUGAAGACAGACACACACAAGAGAACCAACAGGAAUGCAAACUUUAGCCAGUUUCGUAGUUAUUAUCAUCUUAUUACAAAGCUUAUUGUUUCAUGUUUACGGUAUUCACAAAACUUCUUCACACAACAUUUUAAAAGAUUCAUCUCCAUUUCCUUCUGAUUUCCUCUUUGGCACAGCUUCUUCCGCUUACCAGUAUGAAGGUGCGUACUUGACAGAUGGAAAAGGUUUAAACAAUUGGGAUGUCUUUACACAUGAACACCCUGGGGAAAUACUGGAUGAGAACAAUGGCGAUAUAGCUGUGGAUCAAUAUCAUCAGUUUAUGGAGGACAUCCAGUUAAUGACUUUCCUUGGAGUGAACAGUUACAGAUUUUCAAUUUCUUGGUCUAGAGUCUUACCUAGAGGGACAUUUGGAGGGAUUAAUUAUUCGGGAAUAAAGUAUUACAACACAUUAAUAGAUGCUCUCAUUAGUAAAGGGAUUAAACCAUUUGUGACUUUGAACCAUGUGGACUAUCCUCAAGAACUCGAGAACCGGUUUCAAAGUUGGUUAAGCCCAAAGAUGCAGAACGAAUUUGGGUAUUUGGCUGAUAUAUGUUUUAAGCAUUUUGGAGACAGAGUUAAGUACUGGACAACGAUAAACGAACCAAAUCAUAUGUUAAUCUUGGGCUAUAUAUCGGGUACUUUCCCACCAUGUCGCUGCACUUCACCGUACGGAAAUUGUAGCCAGGGGAAUUCAGAAACCGAACCUUUCAUAGCCGCGCAUAACAUGAUUCUCGCACACGUAAAAGCGGUUAACAUAUACCGAACCAAAUAUCAGAAAACACAAAAGGGAAGCAUUGGCAUUGUGGUGCAAACAUCAUGGUUUGAACCUAUAAGCGAUUCCAUUGUGGAUAAAGAAGCUGCAGAGAGAGCUCAAUCGUUUUACUCGAAUUGGUUUCUAGAUCCCGUUAUAUAUGGGAAAUAUCCAAAAGAAAUGGUGAAUAUACUUGGACCAGCCUUACCGCGAUUUUCGAGCAAUGAAGUGAAGAACUUAAAGAACUCAAGAGCAGAUUUCAUUGGUAUUAAUCACUAUACAAGUUACUUCGUCCAAGACUGUUUGAUAUCUACUUGUAAUUCCGGAUACGGAGCCUUUAAAGCCGAAGGAUUUGCUCGCAAAUUAGACCGGAAGGGCAAUGUGACCAUUGGAGAACUUACCGACAUAGGUUGGCAGCACAUUUAUCCAGAAGGCUUCCGAAAGAUGUUGAAUUACAUAAAAGAUCGGUACCCAAACAUACCGUUAUUCAUAACUGAAAACGGUUUUGGAGACUUGCAAAAACCUGAAAUGACGGUUAAAGAACUUCUACAUGAUACAAAAAGGAUUCAAUACAUGAGUGGAUACUUAGAAGCUUUACAAGCAGCAAUGAGGGAUGGAGCAAAUGUAAAGGGUUAUUUUGUGUGGUCACUAUUAGAUAAUUUUGAGUGGUUGUCCGGUUACAAGGUUCGGUUUGGGCUAUUCCACGUGGAUCUUACAACUCUUAAAAGGACACCGAAACAAUCAGCUUCUUGGUACAAAAUUUUUAUCGAGGAACAACACGUUCAUACAGAAGAUCUCAUAGUGAAAUAAACAAUACAUUCAUUCCUAAUUAGUAUUCUCAAUCAAAUAAAGUCAAACUACGAAAACUUGAAAAACUUUAUUAUUGCUGGACUUAUCUGAUCAAUAUUUGUUAUUCUUCUGAGUGAAUGUUUGAUGUCUUACAUGACUAUUUUUCUAAUCUUAC